ACUUGACAGCUUUAAUCAUCAGCAAUUUAACUCCCAUGUUAAUGUUGUAUCGAUUCCUCUCGAAAACCAAACCCUAGCUCGAAAUUUUAUCGGCAGCUGCCCGAUCUCCUUCCGCCGGGUUUGAAUCUGCGAGGGAGUACGGGACCGAUUCCAGAUCUUUGCGGCGUCCGCCGGAUUCGAACUCCAAGUUCAACCCGUACUAUCUUGCGUCAGAGUCGUAGCGUCAUCCAUCAUCCUGAAAUCGGACUAUAGAUCCUGCUGGCCGCACCUGAAGCAACUCCGGUUGUGCCACCUGUAAUUUUUGCGGCGGCGAAUGGGAGCAGGUAGGAUUUGCAGAGGCGGCUCCUCCGAUGGGCCAUCGUCCUCCAUAUCUACUUCGGCGCAACCUCCGUCGGAGACUUCGUCGACUUCCGUGACGCAGACGGUGAACGGUUCGCACGAUUUCAAGAUUACGGGCUACUCGCUUUCCAAGGGACUGGGGAUCGGCAGAUAUAUCGCCUCAGAUAUGUUCAUGGUUGGGGGCUACUCGUGGGCGAUUUACUUCUACCCAGACGGUAAGAGCCCUGAGGAUGGGGCGUCUUACGUGUCUUUAUUCAUCGCGUUGGCGAGCGAGGGAACGGACGUGAGGGCGCUGUUCGAGCUGGCGUUGCUCGAUCAGAGUGGGAAGGAGCUGCACAAGGUUCAUAGCCACUUCGGCCGUAAUCUGGAAGCCGGACCCUAUACCCUCAAGUACCGUGGGAGCAUGUGGGGCUAUAAACGGUUUUUCAAAAGAACCGCUUUAGAGGAAUCAGAUUAUCUCAAAGAUGAUUGCCUCUCAGUUAGAUGUAGUGUUGGUGUAGUCAAAUCACAUACUGAGGGGCCAAAGGUCUAUGACAUUCCUGUCCCACCAUCCAAUAUAAAUGAGCAUUUUGGUCAGCUUUUGGAGACAGUUGAAGGUACUGACGUCAGAUUUGAUGUUAAUGGAGAGAUUUUUACUGCACACAAGCUGGUCCUUGCAGCUCGCUCUCCUGUAUUCAUGGCCCAAUUUUAUGGUCCAAUGAAGGACAGGGACAAAGAUUGUAUAAAAGUGGAUGAAAUGGAAGCACCAGUUUUCAAGGCUUUACUCCAUUUCAUUUAUUGGGAUACCCUGCCUGACAUUGAGGAGCUUACUGGUCUUAGUGCAAAAUGUGCUUCCACAUUAAUGGCUCAGCAUCUGCUUGCAGCUGCUGAUCGAUAUGCUUUGGAAAGGCUUCGCUUGCUCUGUGAGGUUAAGCUUUGUGAAGAUGCUGCUAUAAACACAGUUGCAACUACCUUGGCUUUAGCUGAGCAGCAUCACUGUCAACAACUUAAAUCUGUAUGCCUGAAAUUUGUUGCUUUGCCUGAGAACCUGAGAGCUGUUAUGCAGACGGAAGGCUUCGAGUAUUUGAAAACUAGCUGUCCAUCCGUCCUGACACAGCUUUUGGAGUAUGUGGCUCGUAGCGGAGAGCACUGCGCCAUUACUCACGAAUAUAUAUCUCAAACGCUUGAUGGCGGCGACAGCAAUGGAAGGCGUGUCAAGCAGCGGCUAUAGUCUGGCCAACUCUCUGAGGUUGCACAGUCCUUGCGCUGUUCAUCUGUAAAUUUUGUUAUUCUUGUUCUUCUUUUUGUAUCUUUUCUUCAUUAAAAAAAAAAUCUUUCUUUUGUUUUUCUGGUACUAACUCUCCUUCAAAAUGUAUUAGAGAUGACUAAAUAUUUCCAAUUAGUACUGUAUUCCUCCCUUA